CUAAAUUACCAACUCCCAACAGUCCCGCCAUACGCCUAUAUAUUCAAAGAGUAACGGCGCGUGAAUGCACACGUUCAUAUGAAAUAUCAUGCUAAUCCACAGCCAUUAUGGGUGGGGUUGCUUCUAUACCGACAGACCCUUCACGAAAGGUGCAAGUCAUCUCAGCAGGAUACUCGCGAACCGGGACCGUUUCUAUGUCCAUGGCUUUAGCAAAACUUGUUGAUGGGCCAGUACUCCACGGUGGGACACAGAUCUUAACACGUGAUGAUGAUUACUGUUCAACGUGGAUCAAAGCGUACGAGGCUAGGGAGGCUGGCGAUAAGGAACAGACCUUGAAGCUUAUUCGAAAGGCGACUGCCGGUUUUGCCGCAACUGCGGAUCUGCCACCGUCGGACUUCAUUCCUGAGAUGGUGGAGCUAUAUCCGGAAGCGAAGGUCGUGUUAGUCCGCAGGGACCCAGUUAAGUGGUGGAACAGCAUAGCAACUUUGACCGGUAGGACUACGCCAUGGUGGCUCGGCAUCGUAGUAGCCCCCUUUCCUGGAUGGAGAUAUAUUCCGACGUUCGCACGCGUUUACAGUCGAUCAACAUUACGACUUGCAGGCCUAGACGCCAAAAACGUCAGUCCGACGGAACUAAUCGAAAAGGGUGGCCCUCACAUCUUAGAAGCGCACCACGAGAAAGUUAGAUCUGUUGUCCCUAAGGGACAGCUGCUGGAGAUGGAUCUAAGUGAGGGCUGGGAACCUCUUUGCCAGUUCUUAGGUGUACCGGUUCCAGAUGAGCCAUUCCCUAAGGCGAACGAUGGUCAAGCAGCGGAUGCGUACGCUACUAAAGUUCUGCUAAAAGUCUUGCAAGUCUGGGUUGGUAUCCUCUCCGUCGCCGGACUUGGCGUUUAUUCCGCAUCCCGCUUAUGGAAGCGAACGACGUUGUGAUACGGUCUGAAAACGAUGGUCGACGUAUUAUUGGAAUAGAUUCCCUUUCAUACCAUCUUUGACAAGCUUGAAGUAGUGAAGGGCCAUGAGUUAGUUUUGAAUAAUGGCAUCGAGGGCGUUAUAGGGGUAACCGGUGUGAGUAGACCGGACUUUGAUACUCACGAGUACAAAUGAAGACACAUAUGUUUCACUAGUGAUACCAAAUUUGCGUGGCUCAUCAAUACGGUCGGGAUGUCACCUUGGAUUCGAGAUGUCAACAUAGACACUCACACGAGAUACUUGAAGGCAGCUUGAAGCAGGUUAUGCGGGAUCUUUUGAUUUCUAAGCAGACAGGUCUUUACGGAGGCGUACGAAUAAACUUGAACGCUCGUAAUAGAUAUCC